GCUGGAGUCCCACACUUCUUCGCCCUUUCUCCUCUCGGAAAAAUGCACUAAAUGUAAUAAGAACUCUGCACGCGCUUCUCUGACGCUUCUGUUGUUUUUACGCACAUCUGUCGGCAGAUAGAAGCGUGUUAGUCUGCUGUCUGAACACAGCAAACUGUGAGAAGGAGGAGAAACACAGACAAGAGGAAGAACUCUGGCUGCGCCGCUUUGGAGUUGCUGCGUAAAAAAAAGCAAGUGAGAGAGAGAGAGGGAGAGAGAGAGAGGGAGGGAGAGAGAGAGAAAAGUCCAAGACAACUUCCAGAGGCACGUCUGCAACUCAAGAAGAGCAGAGGAGGACAGAAGAACGCAGAUUUGUUUUCCAAAAGAAGAUAAAAAGUGAAGAAUUAGAGGAGGAACCAUCCAGGAAGAAUUGCCCAGUCUCCAUGAGGUAUUGAGGAAUGAACCAUCGCCAUGGAAACUCAGUCCCAGGCCAGUUCAGCAGCUGAGAAGAAGAAGAGGGUGGAGACAAUCGUCGCUACGAAGGGCUCAUCAGCCCGCACGGAUGUCAGCGAGAAAGCAGUGGCCUCCAGCACCACAUCGAAUGAAGACGAGAGUUCAGGCACGCCGUACCACCGUGAGAGGCGCAAUGCCAUCACUUCCCAGACCCAGACGCCCAGCGCCCAUGACAGGAGCAUAAACGAGGAGCCCUCCACCUCCACAGAGGAGCGCCCAUCCCUGCUCAAGAAGGAGCUCCACGGCUCCCUGCCCCACCUGACCGACCAUGCCCUGCCCUACAGGGGAACACUGUUCGCCAUGGACCCUCGUAACGGCUACCUAGACUCACACUAUCCUGCUCCACAGUUCUUCCCUACCUUCCAUCCCCCGGUGCCAAUUGAUGACAGACAUACCCAGGGACGUUACAUCUACGAGCCAUCCCCCAUGCCCCCUCUUCACGUGCCUCCGGCGUUGGCGGGCAGCCCGGCUUUCUCCGACAUCUCCCUCAUUCGGAUCUCACCCCAGCGGAACCCCUCUGUGGGGGCGGAGUCACCCUUCCACCCUCCGCACCCCUACAUUAACCCAUACAUGGACUACAUCCGCUCCCUUCACAGCAGCCCCUCCAUCUCGGUGGUGUCGGCCACCCGGGGCCUGAGCCCAGCAGAUGCACCUCACACAGGUCUGACAGCAGAAUACUACCACCCAAUGGCUCUGCUGGCAGGCCACCGCAGCCCUUACGCGGCAGACCUUCUCCCAUCUGUGGCGUCCACUGCCGGGGCAAGCAGCGCCCUGCACAUGGAGUAUCUGCAGGCAAUGGACAGCUCCCGUUUUCCAAGCCCAAGGCUCCCAGUGCGGCCCAGCAGGAAGCGCCCACUGCCCAUCUCACCACUCUCCGACCACAGCCUCGACCUGCAGGCCAUGAUCCGUAACUCACCCACCGCCAUCGUCAACCAGCUGAUCAACAACUCCCGCUCCAGCUCCUCCACCAGCGGCUCCUACGGUCAUCUCUCUGCCAGAGCCAUCAGUCCAGCGUUAAGCUUCGCCUACCCUCCAACCCCGGUGGCUUUGCACGUGCACCAGCAGCUGAUUGGUCGCCAACCGGGCAUCGUUGGUUCAGCCUUUGGUCACAGUCCGCCCCUCGUUCACCCAACGCCAGCCUUCGCCACCCAGCGACCCAUGCCCGGCAUCCCGUCCGGGCUCAGUGCCAGCGAGCGCUCGGCCAUCUCCAACGAUUCAUCACAGACUAAACCCACGAGUGAAUCGGCUGUGAGCAGCACCGGCGACCCGAUGCACCACAAACGGUCUAAAAUGAAACCUGAAGAAGAGCUGCCGAGUCCAGGAGCCGUCAGUGUACAGGACCAUCCUGAUGGGAUGACACUGGUGAAGGAGGAAGGGGACAAGGAUGAGAGCAAACAGGAGCCGGAGGUGGUUUACGAGACCAACUGCCACUGGGAGAACUGCUGCCGCGAGUUUGACACCCAAGAGCAGCUGGUACAGCACAUAAACAACGACCAUAUCCAUGGAGAAAAGAAGGAGUUCGUGUGCCGGUGGGAGGAAUGCUCUCGAGAGCAGAAGCCCUUCAAGGCACAGUACAUGCUGGUGGUCCACAUGCGUCGCCAUACUGGGGAAAAACCGCACAAGUGCACAUUUGAAGGCUGUGCCAAGGCCUACUCGCGGCUGGAAAACCUCAAAACUCACUUACGAUCCCAUACUGGUGAGAAGCCCUAUGUGUGUGAACACGAGGGCUGCAACAAGGCUUUUUCCAAUGCUUCAGAUCGGGCGAAACAUCAGAAUCGCACGCACUCCAACGAGAAACCCUACGUGUGUAAAAUCCCAGGUUGCACCAAACGAUACACGGAUCCCAGCUCCUUACGGAAGCACGUGAAGACAGUACACGGGCCAGAGGCGCACGUCACCAAGAAACAGCGCGGGGACUACCCUCGCCCGCCAACGCAACCGCGAGAACCUGGGGGCAACAGCCACGGUCGGUCGCCGGGGCAACUGCCCAUGGGUGGGUACACGGACCAAAGGGAGUACAACCAUGUUACCUCAAAACAAGAUGAAUGUCUGCAGGUCAAGUCUAUCAAGACAGAGAAACCCAUGACGUCUCAGCCAAGCCCUGGCAGUCAGUCUACAUGCAGCAGUGACCAGUCCCCCGUCAGCACCUAUCCCAGCAGUGGAGUCCAGCUUGCUGUGAGCGCCGGACGCUUGCCAGGGGAGGGUCUGGAGGAGGAUGAGGAGGAAGAGGAAAAUGAAGAGGAGGCAGAGGAGGAGUGUGAGGUGGAGCCGUCCCCCAUCAUGGACUCAACGGUCUCUACGGCGACUGCAGCCAUGCUGACCUUGCAGGCGAGGCGAAGCAUUGGCCGCCCCCUGCGCUGGAUGGAGCACAUGAAGAUGGAGAGGCUGAAGCAGGUGAAUGGAGCACUGCCCAGGCUGGGGUCUCUGUCCCCUACACCACCCCCGAAAGGCUCUGCAUUACCAAGCAUCCUGGGAAAGGGAUCCUGCCUGGGCAGGCAGUGGGGGGAGUCUGCUCCUCAGCCACCUGCUCCUGCUGAGCUGGGCAGCACAGAGCUAACGGUACUCAGUUUGCUCAGAGACCGGCGCGACAGCAAUGGCAGUGCCACUAGUUCAGCCUAUUUGAGCAGUAGCAGGCGCUCCUCUGGCAUCUCCCCCUGCUUCUCCAGUCGACGCUCCAGCCAGGCUUCCCAGAGCGAGGGCCCAAUGUUGGCUUCCCACCACCGCCGCAUCCAUAACCUCAGCUCCACUGGCUCUUACGACCCCAUUUCCACUGAUGCCUCCCGCCGUUCCAGCGAGGCAAGCCACUAUGGAGGUGGGGUAGCAGGAGGAGGUGGAGGGAUACUCCCAAGUGGGAGUUGUGGAAGUGUAGGGGGAGUUGGUUUUGGAGGAGGAGGUGGGUCACGGGGGAUCCUCAGUUUAACCCCAGCACAGCACUACCACCUUAAAGCCAAAUAUGCAGCAGCUACUGGCGGCCCACCUCCCACGCCUCUACCUAACAUGGAACGUAUGAGUUUGAAGACUCGAAUGGCCAUGAUAGAAGACGGAGGCAGCAAUCGCUGUUUGCCACCCCUUGUAAGGCCACCUCGCUGUGGUGAAGGCAGUAGUGGCUUUAACAAUGAGUACAUGGGACACGUAGGUUACAGAAGGAGGGUAUUCUAUCCUGGAGAGGCACCACUAAAUGGAAACCGCAGGGCCAGCGACCCAGUUCGGACACAAGUUCCUGAAACGUUCAGUUUACCUCCAGUUCAACGCUUCAACAGCCUUAAUAAUCUCUACCAUCUUCCUCCUCUGUCUCACCAUUCUACACCUGACUCUCGUAAUUUCGUCCUACAAAACUACACACGCUCAGAGGGCAAUAUGCAGAACUUACCAAACACAUCUAGCAUUGCAGAACAAGCAGCCUUAGAAGCUCUGGCCAUGGAGGAUAAUGAGGAGGCAGGCCUAUUGCUCGAGGAUGAGGAUAUGUUACCCGAUGACCUAGUGCAGUAUUUACACUCCCAGGUUCAGAUGGACAGUGGCUCUUAUGUUCAGAUUGAGAACCAAAUAGCCUCUACCCAAAGGGACAUCUCCCACCCAGCAAUGGAGCCAAACCAGACUUCAGCAUUGUAUGGGACCUUCCCUUGUUCCCACAGUCUCCAACAGCAGCAAAUAUCAGAGAGGAACAGCCCAAGUAAGCUUCCCAUCCAAUGGAAUGAAGUCAGCUCUGGAAGUGUUGACAGGUCUCCUCAAAAAGAUCCCAGCUACCACCCACAGUGUGGAAGGUGGCCUAGUACAGAACAUGAACCCACAUCUGUACCAUUUGGCAAGUUCCAAAAUAUGGUGGUUCACCAGCACGUAUCUACUGACUUCCAGAGCAGCUACCCCCUGGAAAAUCAGUCUCAAAGUCUUAACCCUGGGGUGAAGCUAGAGGCGUCCCCUAACUCCUGCAUGGAGAUGAGAGGUACUGGCCACAACUCUACAAACACAUUUGACAGGUCAAAUUUCUUGCAGAUGAGCAACAGGCCUCUUCCCCAAAUUCUGAAACCCCACAUGUCCAAUGGACCUAUGAAACAGAGCUGCUUCCAGCAGAACAAUAACGAUACCUCUUGGCAGGUUGGAAACAACCUAACUCUUAGCAGGGCCUUCAUGGACAAUCUCCAUAGCCAGCUUCUAGGAAAUGCUUCUUAUCACGAUCGUCUGGUACAUGUCCCUCACCCACCAAUCAACAGUUCCAAGUCCUUUGUCAAGACCCAGCAGUCAGAGAGCUCAAGCGAAAUUCAGCCAAGCCCAAACGGAUCCCAACAACUACAAAGUGGAGACCAGUGUUCUCUUGCAUAUCAGGUAUCAGGGCUGAAACUGGAAAAUCCAGAUCCUGAAUACAUUGGGCAAGCCUUUGCGGACUGUCUUUCCUACGAACCUGCAAAUUGCAAGGCCUCCUCAUUCCCUGUACUGGAGGACCAGAGUUUGUUGGACUCCAUGGCAGUGUCUGAAGAUACAGGUGGUGGCUGUGAGAACCCAGUAGCUCUCCCCUCCCCAGGUACAGACCAAGUGACCAGCACAGUUAAUGGCCAGGUGGCCAGUGUAUUAGAUGUAGGGGUAAAUGUGGACUUUGGUACCAUAUUGGAGGAUAGUUACGAUCAAGGCAGCCUGGUCUCAGGGGUCUUGAGUCCCUCCAUCUUCCAGGGCAUGUCUAGGACCUCAUCACGCCUCACCACCCCUCGGGCAUCAGCUGCCUUCCAGAGUGUGGCCCCAGGCCUGAGUAACAUGGCCAUUGGAGACAUGAGUUCCCUUCUCACCACCCUCGCUGAGGAAAGCAAGUUCCUAGCUAUCAUGCAGUAGCUGCUUCUUCUCUCUGCUUUCUCCUUCCAUGGAAACGAAAAAUGGCAAACGAAGGAGAAAACAUUGGUGUAUGUGAAGAUUAAGACAAUAAAAAUGGCAAUUAUGAGAACUUUGUGUAAUUGCCAUUUGAUUUUAAUGUAGGAAAGCGACAUCCCACAUAGAGCAGGGAUGUGUCCAGAUUAUGUGUAAUAAAGAGUUAUAUUCCUUUUCUGGAAUGAAGGCUAUUUUUGGAAGCCCUUCUCUUUGUACAAUAAGAUGGUGAGGACAACUCAUCUCUCUAAAUCAGUAUUCUGUGUAUUGUAACUGUUUUAGCUGUACAUCCUAUUUGUAAAAACGCAUGUACUCAAGUUAAACACUGUCUAUAUAAGUACAUAGACUAGAUCGUGUGCCAAGUAUCAACCGAUCUAAUAUCAAAGGUACAACAACACUAAAUCUUUGACGUUCCAGGUGAGACACAGUGUCGUCCAUUUAAAAGGCCCUGAAGAUAACUUUAAAUAUCAUAGCUUUUCCUGGGUGUUAUAUUUACAUUUGAUGUCAUUUUGUUUGUAUGUUACUUUUGUGAAGCUGUAAACGUUUCAGUGCAUCUACCAAGUUUUACCAAGAGGUAUUUCUCAUCAAGAGCCAGUCCAAAAAUAAUGAACGAGACAUCCAAGUCUUCUGCCAUAGAUUGUCGUCUACUUGAUAUCUAAAUGGCUCGGUCUAGUUAGUCUGGUAAGGUACUCACAAGUGUGUGUAACAGUGUUUUUAAAAACUUUUUUUUGUAUUCUGUUUGUUGGAUUGCACGAAUGGACUUUGUGUCCUACAAUUGGUGCUUUAUGUAUUUGUACAUGAAUUGAUAUGAGUACUUGUUUGGUUUUAAUGUGUGCUAAUGACCAGUACUUGGCAAGGUUUGCAGCAUUUCACUGAGUGCUUCAACAUGAUAUGUUUUGUUCUAUAGAAAAUCAUUUGUUUUGUUUUCCAAAGCUCUUAAAGUUCAGUAUGUGGACUGCCAUCAAGUAUUGCAGUGACUUCGUCAGCCGUGUUAGUAUUGCCUUGCAGUCUUCUGUAACUGCACACAGAAAAUCGAGGAGUUUACCUUUCGUUCAGAGAAUUUAGGUACAAAUCGUUUUAUUGUUCUUUGGUACUUUUUGUUAUUUUGUAGCCAUGCUUUGAUGAGGUUUUGUUGUUUCAAAGACGUGGAGCUGGUUUCCUUUGAAAGAGGGAACUGCUGAGAUAUGUGCCUUAAACGUAUCUGCCUGUCGGUAAAAAGAAAGAUCACUGCCAAUCUUCCAUUGUGAAUGAAAAUAAAACAAUUUCAAACUUAAACAUGUAAAAGUGUCUCGUGAGACGUGAAAAAUAAAUGGAACAGAACAUUUAUAUGACAAAAGUCUUACUAUCAGAAGAUUUGUAACAUGCAUUCUGCUUUUCUUUUUCAAGUUUUCACAUUUAUUGUCCUUUUAUAUAUAUAUAUAAAUAUAUUAUGUAAAUAAAUGACUUCUUCUGUAGGCUUAGUAAAGGGAGUGCGGCGUGUCCUGGGACCAAUAAAGAAUUGACUUUGAAAGCAGAGAUUCCCAGGCAAAGGCACGGCGCUUUACCGCCGCCAGAAGAUCAGCUUCGCUCUUUUAUAACUGACAACAAAUGUUUGUAUGGUUUUAAUAAAAAUGGAAAUUAUA